UGUGUGUGUGUUGGGGGGAAGGUUUACCUGAGAUGUAGGCGAGGUGAAACAUUGUGUUUCUUUAUACUGUGACUGAUGUUGAUGACUGGAGCUCCAGUCUGUCUUCAUCUCUGUUUAUAUUUACCCCCCUCACUAAAAAACACAGGCGCCAAAUAAGGUCGAGGCUAAUUAAUAACUGUGAGUUAAAGUAAUUGAGGAUCAAGUGAAGUUCACCAAGCUGCGGCUACGGUACCCGGGGAGGAACAAACCUUAUCUUCAAACAAAAGCGCGAAACGCUUUCACCUCCCCAGUCAGUCCGUGCGGAUCGCGGCGAAGCGCAGCCUCACCACGGAGAACGGUGCUGAGAAAGAGUGAGAGAGAGAGAGACAGAGAGAGAGAGAGAGAGGAGGGAGAGAGAGGGAGAGGGAGGGGGUGUAUGUGUGUGAGAGAGAGAGAGAGAGAGAGAGAGAGAGAGAGAGAGAGAAAGCCAAAGCCAGAACCAGAGACGAGAAAGAUAAAGGAAAGACAGACGGAACGAUAGACUUGUGCGUAAAAAGUACUGGUGCCCCCCUUCUUCUUUUUCUUUCUCAAUUUCCAUCAGACAACAAAAAAAAAAAAAAAAAAAAAUCCCCAAAAACCGGCUGCUUGGAUGAACCAGAACCUAUCGAUCUGUCAGUACUACACCUGGAUUCACUGACCAGCCGCACAGCAGGCAUGUCCCGAAGGAAGCAGAGCAACCCCAGGCAGAUCAAACGUCCUCUGGAGGAUGGCCUGGAGGAAGAGGAGGAGGAGUGCGUCUCCGAGGAGAACGAGCUCCUGGCCAAAGACGAGUUCUCGGUGGAGGAGAACUUCUCCGCCGAAUUCGAGACUGAGAACAUGAGCUGUGAAGACAUGGAGUACUUCUGCAACAAAGGAGAGGAAGAUGGCAACCGAGAAGCAGGAGAGUCGGAGAUGGACGGGCAGGGAGAGAAGACCAGGCAUACCGCGGUGGGGCCGGAUGAAUGGGAUGGUCCGAGAGAGCUGGAUGCGUUCCUUAAAGACGGCGAGCGUCGGAUCCACAGCCGGCAGCAGCUUCCCGUGGGGACAACAUGGGGACCUUUUGAGGGGAAGAUUGAGAUGAGCACUGAGAGCACUGCACUGAAGACGAAGAGCACGGUCCCGGUGGUGCUGAGCGCCGGCCCCAGGUGGCUGCUGGAUGUGACUUGGCAGGGAGCGGAAGACAACAAAAACAACUGUGUGGUGUACAGCAAAGGUGGCCAACUGUGGUGCACCACCACCAAAAACAUGAUGGAGGGCGAGGAGCUGGUGGCGUUUGCGGUGGACUUUGACUCGCGUCUGCAGGCGGUGAACCACAUGUCUCUGAGCGAGGGCAUGUACCCAGCCAGGCUGCUGGACAGCAUCCAGCUCCUGCCGCAGCAGGCCGCAAUGGCUUCCAUCCUGCCCACUGCCAUCGUCAACAAGGACAUCUUUCCCUGCAAGGCAUGUGGAAUCUGGUUUCGGAGUGAGAGGAACCUACAGGCCCAUCUGAUGUACUAUUGCAGCGGGCGACAGAGGGAGCCAGAGACAGUUGUGGAGGAAAACGACACCGGUCCCCAUCAGACCCCAAGUAUCUGCCCAUUCCCACAGUGUAACAAGAGCUUCUCUGGAGCCAGGGCCCUGGAAAUGCACUUGAGCACAUCACACAGUGGUGUCAAAAUGGAAGAGAGCCUCCCUCCUGGCACCAGCUUGAAAUGCACAAUCUGUAACUACACGGCAGAUUCUCUUAUUACAUUCCAGCAUCACAUCAUGUCUCACCUGUCACAGGCGGCCUUCAGAUGCAAUCACUGCCAUAUCAGCUUCCAGAGCCACAGGGAACUCUUACAGCAUCAGGACUUACAUGGGCACGGCAGCAAACUUCACAGGGAAGGCGACGGCACCGAGCAUUCCCCCAGGGGGCCUGAGGAAAGCCUCCAGCAGCAGCAGCAGCAGCAGGCCCGCGCUGAGCUGGCCAACAGGAAGGAUGCUCUGCUGGGAAGUCCCAAAGGGGCCCUCAACAAGGAGACCAGCACAGACGGAGAGGCUGACAAGGCUGAGAAGAAACCCAUGCUGUCUGUUCAGAAGGGAGAUGCCCACCCAGGCAGCAAAGCCAGUUUUUCUUACACUAGGAUCAAGUCUGAGCCCUCCAGCCCCCGGCUGGCCUCCUCCCCUGUGCAGCAUAACAUGCCUACAUUUCCCAUGGGCCCCUUCUUGUCUCAGUUUGCUUUCUCCCAAGACAUUUCUGUAGUCCCGCAGGCUUCUGAGAUUCUGGCUAAAAUGUCAGAGCUAGUUCACCGGAGGCUGCGCCAUGGAGGGAACAGCUACCCCCCUGUCAUCUACAGUCCUCUUAUGCCCAAAGGGGCCACCUGUUUCGAAUGCAAUAUCACCUUCAGCAACCUGGACAACUACUUGGUCCACAAAAAGCACUACUGUAACAGCCGCUGGCAACACAUGGCAAAGUCUCCGGACUUCUCCGCCCUCUCAGAUAAGGUCCCUGAGGCGGUGAGCCCCAACAGUGGUCACAGUUCUGUUAGCAUGUUGGCCGGCUGCCACCCUACAGAGGCUGACAACCACCUCAUGCAAUCUGCCUGUCUGAACUCCAGUGUGUUGGACAUGAUCAAUGCUGGGGCUAAAGGGCCCGAUAAGGAUCUAGCAGGACAAGUGAAGAAGGUUUCGACCCCGACUGGGGCUGAGGAGAGGCUGAAUGGCAAGCAGAUGGAGGGAAAAAGCCCCAGUACGGGUUUGGUGGAAAGUGACAAUGACCCAACCAAGACAACCUGCGAUGCCUGCAAUAUCACCUUCAGCCGUCAUGAGACCUACAUGGUCCACAAGCAGUACUACUGUGCGACCCGUCAUGACCCACCCAUGAAACGCAUGUCCACCAACAAGGUACCCUCCAUGCAGAGAACCAUGAGGACCCGCAAGCGCAGGAAGAUGUACGAAAUGUGUCUCCCUGACCAGGACCACCAGAGACCUCCUAUGGGUCAGCCAGGUUUCCUUGGGGUUCCUCCUAUGAACCCUUGUACAUCCCAGGAAGCUGUGGAGAGCCUAGCAGACCGCUUCCACCCCCGCUGUGACAUCUUCCCAGGUAUGGUACCCAAACACCUGGAGGCCUCUCUGACUGUCACCAAACCUAUUCUGGCUCCCAAAUGCAAUACAGUGGAGCAGCAGGAGCUGGAUGCUCCUAUUGAUCUCAGCAAAAAGUGUUCGCCAGUCCCUGACAAGACAUGUAGCUCCCCUAAAAGACUGUUGGACUAUCACGAAUGUGCAGUGUGCAAGAUAAGUUUUAACAAAGUGGAGAACUACCUGGCACACAAACAGAACUUUUGCCCCGCAACAGCCGCUGCCGCCGCUGCUGCCGCUCAGCAGCAACAACAACAGCCACAACAGCAGCAACAACACAAUGAGAGUGGCAGCCUGGAGUCGACCAUGUUCCCAGACGUGAAGAGUGACGGAAAUAGCAACCCUGAUGACGUCUUUGAUAAGAGUCCAGGCAAAUGUGAGAAGAAUGGCAAUGGGAAGGUGAUGGUGCAGAAUGGAGGCAUGUUCCCCCCUCAUCUGGGACCUGUGCCGGGACUAAAAGCUUUUGCUGAGCCCCAACUCAUCCCAUCAAAAGAUGAGAACAAGAAUAUGUUUCUGCCCCACUGCCUUUAUCCCGGAGCAAUAAAGAAGGUGAAAGGUCCUGAGCAAAUAUCGCCGUAUUUUGGGAUAAAGCCAACCGAUUAUGUGACUGGGGGAGCAAUGAUGCAGGGAGAGGCCAGCGAACAGGAGCAGAGCGUUAAUGGGGGAGGAGGAGGAGCAGGAGGAGGAGAGACAGGAGCAACCAGAGAGCAGGCCCAACAGCCUGCUGCUAAUGGCUGCCCCCAUCCUGGCAAGGAGUCCCUUCCCCUUUUGCCCAAAAACCGGGGCAUGGUCAUCGUCAACGGGGGACACAAGCCAGAGGAGCGUUCAGGCACAGCUCCACCGCAGCAGGAGAACCAGCCCCAGCCAGACGGCCAACCUCCCAAUCCCUCCCCUACGUGGGCUACUGAGAACCAGACCGACUCCAAUGAGAACAUGUCGCCUUCCUCCAAGUCUCCAAGCGAGGAGGCGGCACCCACAGCCAACAAAGGCGUGAACGGCUCUGGAAGUGGCAAGUACUGCCGCCUCUGUGAUAUCCAGUUCAACAACCUGUCAAACUUUAUUACCCAUAAGAAGUUUUACUGUUCAUCACAUGCUGCAGAGCAUGUAAAAUAAGUUCAGAAGAAUAAGACAUCUUCUUCUUCCUCCCACACCUCCCCCCCUCCC